AUGUCACUACGUUUAAGCGAAAUUCUAUACAAUUUCAUAAUAAAACUAAUUUAUUUUUAUUCCCUGAUAUUGGGCGUCGUACCGGGAACAUUUGACUGGCAAACCUAUAGAUUUAAAGUGAGCAAAUUCUAUCUGGUCUACAGUGCUCUUAUACAAUUUGGUUUUUUGGCUAUUAUACCCAUCACUUCGUCUUUUGUGCAUGAUAAAAAUAAUUAUAUGCACAAUAAGCCCGUACUGCAAUGGGCCUAUAUGGUGGCUAAAUUAGCCAUGGUCUCCACCGUGGUGAUCAUCAGUGUUAAAAUAUGGAAGAAGAGACAACGUUUUGUGGCUGUGUGUGAUGUCUAUAAGAGAUUUGUGUUUAAAUAUAGUGACUUUUCAAAACAUUUUCACUGUUACAUAACAGAGGAUUUAAAACAGCAGGAUCAGCGUUUGAAGAGAUUUAUGAUUUAUAAAUUCAUUUCCCUGCAUGUGCAUACCUUGGCCAUAACCAGCAUGUAUGUACAAAUGCAGGAAGAUCCCGAUCGUAAGUUUUUCAUUAUGAUCACAGUCAAUAUGCUGCAGGGUUUUUUCCUUAUCACAGCCAAUUUACAAUUUAUGUUCAUAUUAUGUCAAAUGAGUCUUCAUUUUUCUUAUAUUAACCAUUGCUUGCAAGUUUUGCAGCAUCAAAAAAUUCCCUUAAAGAAUUUGCUCAAUUAUUAUUUGAUAUUGUAUGAAAUGCACAUGGAAUGCUUGCAAAUCUCUAGACUCUUCUUCGGGGCCAGUAAUGCGGUCACUUUCUUUAUGUUGCUGAAAAUUUUCACCACCAACGUAACAAUGUUGUAUCAUGCGGUCUUAAUUAUAAUGAGCAAUAUACAUUCUACCAACACCAGCAGUUUUGUGGGUGUAAUGUGUAUCGUGAAUUUCUAUUGGGACAGUUUGUUGGUGACUGCAGCCAUUGAUUAUGCAUUGGCUGCCUGCAAUCGGUCGAUGGAUAUAAUACAAGAGACUUGGUUUGAAGAUAGUGGGGGAGAGGAUCAUGAGAUGACGUUUAGGAAAUUAACGCAAGUGGUAAGUGUUGUUAGAAAUGAGAACUUAAAUGAUUUAUGGGUAUAA